GACGACUCAAUGAUGAUGACGACUCCAAUGACAGUAAAGACUCCGGUGAGAGUAAAGAUGAUGACGACUCCAAUGACAGUAAAGACUCCGGUGAGAGUAAAGAUGAUGACGACUCUAAUGACAGUAAAGACUCCGGUGAGAGUAAAGAUGAUGAUGACUCCAGUGACAGCAAAGGAUCCAGUGAAAGUAAGGACGGCGGAGACGAGCCCGUUAUUGAUGGAGAGGUCGACCCACUGACAGCCGAGACGUUCCGCCGUGACAUGACACAGAUCAUCGAGGAGGUGGCUGGCACUGCGGCGGCCUAGAGCACACGGAGAACCUCGCCAUCAAAUAUGUCAUCGAGCCGUCGAAAGAAAAUGCUGUAGCAGUGGGCGAGGCGCUGCAGGAUGCCCUGGGCCAGGCUGCCAUGGCCGUCAGCAAGAAUGUUCAAACUUCUAUGUGGCUGCUCUACCGUGUUAUCACCAGCUCAAGUUCCAUAGGAUUCAAAGAAGAUGCGAUUUGUUCUUCUUUUAGCAAUCUGGAACUUAAGGGAGGAGAGUUUGCCGACGCAGCUCAGGGCAUCACGGUCCCCGAGGAACUGUCCAAGGCAUUUAUCAAUGAUGUGGGCUGCCUCGCCGGACACAUAAAUGACAUCAAGGAGCUGAACGCCGAAAUUGAUAAUGACAGUUUGACGAAGACCCAAGCGCUUGGGAUCGUCGUCAAGGUCUUGUCCUCUCUUCAAACAAUCAUUGAGAGCGGAAACAGCUUUUCCUUUAAACUGGCCCAAGCCUUUGCAACAUCUGAAACCACUACACCUGCCGCAACUGAAUCGAGUGACGAGAAUUCAAAGCGCGCUCUGGAGAGACUGCUGCGUACCUUGCAGAACAACCCAGACCUGCUGAACCGCCGAUCGCCAAAGUGAUCUUCAUUAUACAAUACCAUAACAGUAUCCACACACCAGGCUGUAGAAAAUAGAGUUUAUAUGAUUUAUUAACAUACAGUGAAUCCAUACAUUUCUAACUUUACAUCACACUCACAUUUGAAACUGUUCUCCGUUCGUUUCUUCACUUGAGGCGCAGCUGGAAAAAAAAUUACUCAGAUAUUUUUUAAUUAUACUUUUUUUUUAGUAUUUCAGCUUUUUUCUUUGUAAAUUUAAUGGAGGAGUUUGAAACUCAUAUUCAGCUUAAAAGAUAGCACGCUUACUAGAAGCUUCUAUAUCUGCACGAGUUAUCCCUCUUUCCCACUCUGUAAAUAAGUCGAAUUGGUUGGAUAAUCUCAACAUUUUAAAGGAUUCAAUCGUCAAUAAGCUGCCAGAAGAAACAAAAACAAAAACAAAAAACAUACAAACAAAAAACAAUAAAAUCAAAAAUCAAAAAAAAAAAAAAAAGAUUUCGCUUAUUAUAUAUGAUUUUGCACAUCUGUUUUGUAUUCAAAUGUAGAAGUUAUGCAACAUUUGUUCUAGAACUGUCAUAGACUAAUAUAUCACAGUUUCAUCUGUUUUUAAAGUUUUGUUUUCAGUUGAAAUAACCUUUGUAUCAGCACUCCAUAAAGGUAUUAACAAUCAAAAGUAAAGCCUCUGUUGGUGCUACUGA